CAAACAACUAAAAAUCGUUCUCAAAGUAACUUCUCUCGUUUCUUUCCGCUCUCUACUUAACCAUUUGAACAUAUAUCCCUUAGCCACAAAGAACUAACCCUUUUAACAUAUAAAUACAUUAGUAUACACAAACAACAAGUAGACAUCAAAAAGUUGAAAAGAGCUGUGAUGGACAAGAAAAAGUCGGUAUCUGGUUCCUCUUCAUCGUCCUCUUCGUCGUUGGAUCAUAUUUUUGGUCCAAGAGUCUCUCACUCGUAUUCUUCAUCAACAACAGGAUUGUUCAAAUCCAUCUUCCCACCACCUUCAGCGGUAUAUAUGAACCAAUAUAUAUCAUGAUCAUCAUCAUUCUAAAAGAUAUACAUCAGUUUCACGAAAUUUUUCUUUGUUCUCAACUCAAGGUGACGCAAGGGAACUUGACAAGUCGAAAUGGAGCUGCCAAGUAUCAACCUACAAAUUUUGAGACUCCAAAUGAAAGAGGUGAAAGGAGCAAAAAUAAGGAGAGAAAGAGUUACCAAAGUGAAGAAACACAACCACCAUGCAACUUGAGCUCAUCCAUAUACUAUGGAGGCCAAGAUAACUAUUCCUCUUCAACUACCAAUCCAGAUGCUGUAAGUCCCUAUAUAUUUGUGUUGCAUUUCGACAGAAACACUAAAAUGCAUAAUACACUAAAAUGGCGUUUUCGAGAGGAAAAUGGAUAUGUGAGCUAUAUAUAAACGCAAAUGGGCAAAGUAAUAUUCUAGAUUAUGUGUUGUCAUUUUAUCUAGAUUCAUUUGGAAUUUUGGAUAUAUAAGUCUCUAUGUAAUUAACUCUAAUAAACUAGCUAAUUUUGAGUUGUCCAGUAUAAGAAAGAUGGAGAGGAAGGUGAUUCGGAAAGUGCUUCAAGAGGAAACUGGUGGGAAGGAUCGUUUAAUUACUAAUUAACAAUCCCCAGCCGAUGAGCACAAUAACUGCUAAACUGCUAAGGAACCUUAACUAAGUGAAUAUGGAAGUUGGCGUAUUGAAUAUACCUACAUAUGUAAAAAAAAAAAAAAAGUGUGAUAGAAUAUUUACACAUGUCCUAAAAAACGACUUAAGAAUAACAAAAAAAGAGACUGUAUAGUAUAUCUUACUGUAUAAGAUAUGAAAUGUACGUCUAUAUAAAAGGGCUUGACGUGUUGGUUCUUUAUGUUUCGACAAAGGCAACAAAGUUAGACUAGACAAGUCUCUUUAUAAUGAAAUCUACGUCUGUGGUCUGUCCAAAAGUCUUUUUAUUUAAAAUUUGAUAUGUAAUCCAAUAUCAUGUCGGAUGUAAUUAAGUUAUAUGAUAGUAA